GCCGCCUCCCCCUCAUGAGGGCGGCCCGGCCGCCAUUACCUGCAGCUCUGCCCUCUCCGCUUCCCAGCGCCCUUUCUCCGCCUCGAACCGCGCCCACUCGUGCUGGAUGAAGUGCAGGAUGCCCGGCAGGCUCAGCCCGGAGAUUUUUGAGGCCCCUUCAGGAUUUGGAAAAACUUCUGGCUCAUCCCCAGAAGAUUUUUGGGAUCCAGAGAACCCCACAACCCCUGAGGGCAUCGCUUAAUUCCCUUAUUAAUCACUAUUAAUUAAUUAAUAAUUAUCUCAUUAACAGCGCCACCUCGUGGAGAAGCUCCGCCAGCGCCACCCCCUUCCAUUAACCCCCAUCAAACCAAUGAACAACGCCGAGUUAACGAGCUCAUUAACGGCUUAAUUAAUUAAUUAAUGGCUUAAUUAAUUAAUUAACGGGUUAAUUAGUUAAUUAACCAUGAGAGUCACCCCUUGCCAGGCCGCUCUGGCCGUCGCCAUCGCCUUCAACAUCCUCCUCCUCCUCUGCUCCCUCCUGGCCCCUCCCUGCCGCCACCACCCCCGGGGUGUCCCCAGGGGUGUCCCCAGGGGUGUCCCCAGGGGUGUCCCCAAUGUCCCCAGGGGUGUCCCCAGGGGUGUCCCCAAUGUCCCCAGGGGUGUCCCCAAUGUCCCUGGGGGUGUCCCAUGGGGUGUCCCCAAUGUCCCUGGGGGUGUCCCUGGUGUCCCCAAUGUCCCCAGGGGUGUCCCUGGUGUCCCCAAUGUCCCCAGGGGUGUCCCCAAUGUCCUUGAGGAUGUCCCCAGGGGCGUCCCUGGUGUCCCCAAUGUCCCCAGGGGUGUCCCCAAUGUCCCUGAGGGUCUCCCCAGGGGUGUCCCUGGUGUCCCCAAUGUCCCCAGAGGUGUCCCCAAUGUCCCCAGAGGUGUCCCCAGUGUCCUCGAGGGUGUCCCUGAUGUCCCUGGGGGUGUCCCCGAUGAUGUCCCCAACAUCCCCGAUGAUGUCCCCAACGUCCCCGACCCCGUCCCCGACAUCACCGUCAUCCUCCGCGACUUCGACGGUCCCGACCACGACGUCGCCGCCACCUCCCGCUCCUUCGCCGGCGUGGCCGGCGUCCCCGUCCUGGUGGCCACCGAGGUGUCCCCGGACCCCCCCGUGCCACCCACGGCCGGCGUCACCGUGCUGUCCCUGCGGCCGGAGCCUCACCGGCCACCGCCGCGGCCGGAGCUGGCCGUCAGGACCCGCCACGUGGCCUUGGUGCCGGACGGCGCCCGAGCCGCGCCGGCGCUGCUGCGGCGCAUGAGGAACCUUCUGGAAGCCGCCUCGGACGGCGCCGUCAAGGUGGUGGCGGCGGCCGUGGGGCGGCGGCGGCGGCCGCGGUGUUUGGAGGCCGAGGUGGACAUCAAGGCGUGGACGGUGCGGUACGGGUACGGCCAGGGGGGGAGUGACCGCGGGAGUGACCACGGGAAUGGACAAUGGAGUGACCACGGGAAUGACCACGGGAAUGGACAAUGGAGUGACCACGGGAAUGACCACGGGAAUGGACAAUGGAGUGACCACGGGAAUGACCAUGGGAAUGGACAAUGGAGUGACCACGGGAAUGACCAUGGGAAUGGACAAUGGAGUGACCACCGGAGUGACCACAGGAAUGACCACAAGGAUGAACAAUGGAAUUAUCAGAGGAGUGACCACGGGAAUGAGCAAUGGAAUUAUCAGAGUGACCACGGGAAUGACCACCAGAAUGACCAUCAGAACAACCAGUGGAAUGACCACCAGAAUGACCACAGGAACGACCCGAGGGAUGAACAAUGGAAUGGACAAUGGAGUGACCACAGGAAUGACCAUGGGAAUGACCACCAGAAUGACCACCAGAAUGACCAGAGGACUGACCACCAGAAUGACCAUCAGAAUGACCACAGGACUGACCAGAGGACUGACCACCAGAAUGACCAGAGGACUGACCAGAGGACUGACCACCAGAAUAACCACCAGAAUGACCACAGAAGUGACCAGAGGACUGACCACCAGAAUGACCAGAGGACUGACCAGAGGACUGACCACCAGAAUGACCACCAGAAUGACCACAGGACUGACCAGAGGACUGACCACCAGAAUGACCACCAGAAUGACCAGAGGACUGACCAGAGGACUGACCAGAGGACUGACCACCAGAAUGACCACCAGAAUGACCACAGGACUGACCAGAGGACUGACCACCAGAAUAACCACCAGAAUGACCAGAGGACUGACCACAGGACUGCCCACCACCCUGCCCACCACGGUUCCCUCUGCGGUGCCCUGGACGGAGCCCCUCUCGUCCUCCUCCUCCGCACCCGCGACCUUUUCUCCCUCCCCUUCCCUCUCACCCGUCCCGUGGUCACUUCUCUGUCCCUCCAGGCCUCCCUCCGUGGCUGGCGCUUCCUCCUGCUGCCGGACGCUUUCCCCUCGGCCUCUCUCCCCCCUCCCUCCCCUCACUCCCUCUGGAAAACCCAAAAAUCCCUGGAAAAGCAGCACCGCGACCUCCUGGACCAGUUCGGCCUCAAGCUGGAGGUGCUGCCGGACGGCCGCCAGCGCUGGCACGGCUGCACCAAGGACACCCCGCGGUGUUUCGGCACCAUCCGCUCCCAAACCCCCUCCUACCUCCUGGCCGGCCGCUGGACCCCUCCCUGCUGCCUCCGCGCUCUCCGCUUGACCGCUCGCCACGUCCUGGCCCAGCUGGACGCGGCCGGAGUCCGGCACUGGCUGGAGGGAGGUUCCCUCCUCGGCGCCGUCCGCUCGGGCGACAUCAUCCCCUGGGACUACGACGUCGACGUCGGCUUUUACCGCCAGGACCUGCCCAAGUGCCGCUGGCUGGCGGCCGUGGCGGCCACCGGCCAAGCCCUGGAGGACCCCCAGGGCUUUUUUUGGGAGAAAGCGGCCGAGGGGGAAUUUUUCCGCGUCCAUUUCAGCCGAACCAACCGGCUCCACGUGGAUCUGUGGCCCUUCUACCCCCGGCAGGGCGGGGUGAUGACCAAGGACACCUGGUUGGGUCACGGGCAGGACGUGGAGUUCCCCGAGAGGUUUUUGGUGCCCUUGGGCACCGUGGCUUUCGCCGGAGCCGUGGCCAAAGCCCCCAACGACCCCCGGGCGUUCCUGGAGUUCAAAUUCGGGCCCGGGGUGAUCGAGAACCCCGAGUACCCCAACCCCGAGGUUCGCAGGUUGGCACAGGAUGUGGGAAAUAAAAGCUCUGGGUGAUGGA